AUGUUUGCUUUAAAUAAGUUUAAACUAGCCUAAAAGUUGACAAGUUCAUUAUUUACAAAACAAAAUUAUUUAUAUUCCGUCUUAUAAGACGAGAUUAAGUUAACAGAUAAUUGCAUUAAAAUGAUAAAAUAAAAAAGUAGAAAUGAUAAAUUUUUGAGGUUAACUGUAGAUUCAGGAGAGGGUUGUGGUGGAUUUGCAUACAAAUUUUAAUUUGAUAAUAACCUUACUGAGGAUGAUUCUGUUUAUAAAGAAAAUGAAGAAAAAAUAUUAUUUGUUUGUGAUAACUUAACAUUGAAUUUUAUAAAAGGAGCAACAGUAGACUAUGAAUCUGACAUGAUGAAAAGCGCUUUUUAUGUAUAAAUAAAUCCAAAUGCAGAAAAGGAAUGUAGUUGCAAGUCUUCGUUUUCUCCAAAAGAUUCUGUUUUUAACUUUUGA